CCCCAUCCCUGACCCGCUCCUUGCUCUAGACCCAGGUGUUGCAAUCCUGUGCAAUCAAAGAAAUGCAGAUUACACGUUUCCAAGGAUUCUGUUUGUUCAGCGUCUCCGCUGUCAUCGCGCCACGGUGACCUUUAUAUCGUCUGGAAAUGUUUGCAAUGGAAAACGUGUUUACCUUACAUGUAAUUUAUAUACGUCUAUAUAUUAAAUUAAUCUAAAGAUUUAGAUAUCUUAACAGUUAUUUAUAUAAAAGUGAAAGGUUGACGUUACGAAAUGGAAUACGAUUUUUGAGAAGUAACGCAAUGUAGACGACAAUAUCUGAAAGUGACUGAUACGAUCGUUUUGUGACAAGACGUAACAUAUUUCUGGGCAUCACGGUGGCGUCAUAUAAUUUUUGGCAGGUAAACGGUGAUCGACUGACAGUUUGCGUCGUAGAAACGCAUCCCUUUGACGUAGAGGCGGUUUUGACGUGGAUGGACAGUUAAAUUUAUCCAACAGAGAAUGCAGAGACGAUCGAUCACCUUUUUUUCGAUAAUAGCCAAUAUCGCGCGGCCGUACAAGCAUGUGUUUGAAUGCAAUUAAAUUUAUGACAUCAAAAAGUUCGUUCAAGGGUGAUCGGUUGGACAAACCAACUGACAUAAAUCGUAUCACUGCUCUUACACUACACAUUUAUUUAUGAAACAACAAAUUGAUUUUUUUUUAUUAUUUCUUCAAAGGAAAACGUACUCUUUUAUAAUAUAAAGAUUGUCUACUUUAUCGAAAAGUUAUGCAAAGAAAAUUUCAAUUUUUAAAAAAUUUACAUAAUGAGUUACACAUACAGGUAACAUAACAUGAUUAUUUUCCGGCACGUCGCGGUGCAAGAAGUAAGCACCGUGGUCAUCAACGUGGUAUCGGUUUUUCGAAAGACCUUGAUCAAUAACAGAUUAUGCCGUCAUCUGUGCGGGGCAGUUUAAAAAUUCCGUGAAGGCUGCCGCGAAGCCACCGCGACGGGGGUAGGAGUUCCGGCGGGGUGGCAAACUGGAGAAACAUGCCUCGGCGUAGUGGGGAGAAUUGUCCGGUCACUGGCACGAGGGCGUGACCAUCAAGACACACAGAACACCCCAUUGGUUGCUCGCACGCUCCCACCAGUCGCGCCGCGGCGGGUGGUGGGACAUGAAAAAGCUCGGUAGGGGUCGAAGGGGUGAUUUUUAAGCUCUCUUUAAGCCGCGCGCGCUCGCCAGGGAGGACACCGCUAUCUCGCGUCCUACCACACCAGCGUGGCACACUGAACGGACUAGCCGUGUGAGAGCUCGUAGCCCUCCUACUUUAUGAGGGGGAUUAAGAAAACGAUAAGAGACGCGCGAAAGCACCGCUGCCACCGAGCUUACGGGGGCCAACGGACGGCUUCUGUUGGCAGGAGCAUGAAUAAGAACCGCUUCGAUAACAUGCUAUUUCGAUACGUGGAGAUUGACGAAAGGACGAAAUUAGAAACGACAUCGGAGAUCGAAAGGAAGAAAAGACCGUAUGGCCCGUCCGUCGGACUUCGGCGUUCUCACGAAGCCCUUGGGGAGCCCAUAAAAUUCGUCCCUGCUGUCGAGUCAGCGAUACCCAACGGCUGGGCAGCUUUGAAAGUUCGAAAGGUGCUCGACUGACCGACCCUCCGCUGGACUGGAUGGAGGCGCAAUCUGUGAGCCGACCGGCGAACCCUGAGCGAAAGGGUUGAAAAAACUCGCGAGCACAUCACUCGAAAUAAACCGAUCGAUAUUCGUUGAGUGUCAUUUGCACUCUAGCUGAAACAAUGUAGGUGACCCAAUUGUGCGAACACAAUUAAUCCGGCGUCGUGCUAAAAUUGUGCGCUAAUAAUUAAUUUGCGUCAUAUCUCUAAUAAAUUGAUAUUCUUUAUUAUUGAAAGAAAAAAUUAUACAAAGAAAGCAUUGAUUAAACCAAUAAAAUCUGGUUUGUUAAGAAAUUUGA